AUGGUGGUAGCGUCGUCCGGACACGCAUCGGGUAGUGCCGGACAUCAGCAGGCACGCAACAGCAACCAUCAGCACAGGCUUGCCCAGGUUGCCAGCCCAGGUACGGGCAUGACACCGAAGGAGCUGUCCGAUAAUGAUGACAUUGCGACAGGGCUGGUGCUCGACACCAUACUCGGCUUUCAAACACACAAGAUGAGCCUGAAGUAUCGACCACUCAAGGCAAACAAGGACGAGAUCAAGAACAUCAUCGAGGAGUUCAUACGGACGCAAAACUAUGGGAAAUGCUACCAGCAGCUUAUGAACGGCAACUGGAUGCCACGGUCCGUGUUGAACAAGAACAAACUGGCACUGAAGCGGCUAGAAGCACACAUUUACCGCUACCUUCGAGUGUUUGAUCAGCAUUCCGGAUUUGUGAUCGAGGCAUGUUAUCGUUACUCGCUCGAGGGUCAGAAAGGUGCCAAAAUCUGUUCCACCCGGCGCUGGAUGAAGAACGAAAAGAUCGAGUGUCUGGUGGGCUGUAUCGCGGAGCUGACCGAGCGCGAGGAAGCGGACCUGCUGUACCCGGGACGGAACGAUUUCUCCGUAAUGUACAGCUGCCGUAAGAAUUGUGCUCAACUAUGGUUAGGUCCAGCCGCGUACAUCAACCAUGAUUGCCGCGCAAACUGCAAGUUCGUAGCGACCGGGCGCGAUACCGCCUGCGUGAAGGUGUUACGCGACAUUGAGGUGGGUGAAGAAAUUACCUGCUUCUAUGGAGAGGAUUUUUUCGGCGAUAACAACUGCUACUGCGAGUGUGAAACGUGCGAAAGGCGUGGUACCGGUGCGUUUGCAUCACGCACACAGAGAGUGAUAGAGAGUGCGGCACUGUACAAUGGGGUUGGGGAUACAAGCUCGAGCGGCAGUGGUAGUAUCGUCGGUGGUAGCGGCACUGGAAGCGAAGGACCCGAUGGAGGAGCAGGUUACAAUCCGGCACUAGCGGGGAGCGGUGUGAAUGGACUGGGAGGCGUUGUGGUCGGCAUCGUCGGUACGGCGAACGGUGCGGGCGUACGGUACAGGUUACGCGAAACCGACAACCGGUUAAAUAGGAUGAAAAACAAGCGCAACAACGGGGGAGGCACCGGUACCGGUGGCGAUAUAAAUAGUGCAAAGUUGACUGCGAUCGGGAAGGAACCACCGUCCGCGCUCGGCAUGCUGACAAUGCGCGAACUGCGCGAUAAGGGCAUGACGAAGUACGAUGCGGAGAUGCUACUCGCUCAGCAGAAGCCCUACUGCACAAACGCGUCGCUCGUUACACCGCUAGCACCGCACGGACGAGCACACGAUGGGUCCUCGUCUAGCGGCCAGUUUGCUGCGGAGUUGAACGACAGUACGGCCGAUAGUAAAAAGGUUAUGGAACAGAAAAGUGAGGCACAGCUAAAACGUGCCACCCGCUCAUCGACCUGCAGCAGUAUGAAAGCGUUGGCUGCGAAAUCGGACGAAUGUUCGAAGGCGCUGGAAAAGAAACGCGACCAACCGUUCGAUGGGGGAAAUGGUAAAGAGCAGCAUCAGAGUAGGUCGCUCGGUACCAAGCCAAACCCUCGACGAAGGUACAGCAGCUACAGUAUUGUCGAUUCGACACCGUUUGGUGAGACCGUGGUCGGAAAACAGUCGUGCACCUCUACCAACCGUCAGCAGACGCACGAUACGAAGCGGAAAAAGCAGAAACAUUCAACCGAAAACGGUCCACGGCAACGGUCGGCCUCGGUCGCACCCGGGAAGAUUCGGGAAUCACGAUCAGGGAAGGAUCUUACUGACGAUGUGAUCGUGAUCGAUGAUGAUUGUAGUAGCAGCAGUAUGCACUCGUGCAACUCGGGCACCGACGGCGUGGAUGCGCAUCUGCCCUUUAGUCAACAGUUUGCGCGCAAUCGUAAGCGCCGGGCCAGCAUGUACACUAGCAGCAGCCGAAGCAUAUAUACGUUCCACGAUGACACACUCGACGGAACGCCACCGAAUGGGUGUUACGCACUACGCAAUCCUCAUCAGCACAGCAGUCAGCAUCGGCAUCAUACGAAUCCGUUCGCUGCCGGCAUCGUUGUAGACGAGUCACAACCGCCAUCCACCGCCGGCAGCCGCAAACAACCGGUAACGCAUCGUUCAGCCUCCCAGGUCGCAACGUCGACUCGCAAACGGCCCCGAGAAACGACUCCGGACGAGCAGAGCGCGAAUGCGUCGGCUAAGCGCCCCGGCGCCACCCUGGCGGCCGACAACAACGGUUCACAACGAAUCAUGACCCGGCGGAUGUCGUUACGCGUGGCGAACGCUUCCAAUCUCGCUACUGUACCGAGUUCGGGUGAGACCGCCACGGCAAUGUCGGUCGCAGAUUCCGAAUCUGAGAUUAGUCCGCGGGUAACGCGCGGUAUGUUACGCCUACUGGAAGAUCACGACGCUGCGACGGAGUCGGCUGGGAAGCAGCACACCAAACCGUCCCGUUCUACCACGUCAAGGACUGGGACGGAGGAGGUUGAGAGUGAAGGAGUGAGUGUGAAUGGUGAUAGUUAUCGGUUUAGAAGACGUUGGUCAACGGUUACGAGCACACUGGGUGAUGAUGAGCAUACAACUGAGUCAGCAGAGCAACAACCACGCAUGGGUAAGGCAACGUCAUCAAAUAGGGGGAGCCGAAGUCGGAAAACGAAGGUACAGACACCACAGUCACCGGAUGAAGCCGAACAGCAACCGACAGAUGUGGAUGGUACGAAUGCUACAGGUCGGGAGGAAGCCGGUGCACUGCUGAAGCGCUUGCAACAGCAGUCACGGGCGGGGCAAGGUGUAGCACACGACGGUUGUACGACAGGAGGGAGCGUCCGUACACGGAAGCAGCUGUCACCAACAAAAAGAUCUCGUGGUAAGGAUUUGGUUGUCAAUGGGCGAAGGUCUGUCGGAGGGGAAAUUAAACACACGUGGAAACAAGCAUCCGUCAACGCUACGGAGACGGGGGACUUAACGGGUGAAGGGUACGGAUUUGAGGAGGAAGGGGAAGAAGAGGAUAACGACGAUGAGGACGAUGUGUUGUGGCAGCAUCCGGCGUCGCAUGCAGGAGGUAAAAGCAGCAGUAGCAGCACCAGUAGCAGCAGCACCAACAUCCCGACGAGUUCCACCGCAUUCGGGUUGCAGAAGCGUAUUACCGACCGUAGUCCCAUCUCGUCAAACUUUUCUUCCUCUUCCUCCUCAUCAUCCUGUUCCUCUUCAUCCGUGUCGUCCAUCUCGUCGGUUUCGUCUGCAAGGUAUAAGGGUGCCUCGUUGCCGAAGAUAGCUGACCAGUAUCGUUUAAAACUGAAGCUGCGUAUGAAACCUGUAUCAACGACGGGCGACGACGAUGGUGAUGGAGGCGUCGCUGCGGGUCUACAUACAGAUCCGCACCUUGUGAACGUCGAUCGGUUACGGCGGCCAUGGUCAUCCGCCGGUAUACGGCCGGCAGAGGUUCUCAGCACUGGAAGCAAUAAUGAGUCUGUUGGCAAACGUGCUGUCGCUUCGGCAUCUCGCAGAAGGGAUACGCGCCAUGACGGCCAACAUGGGGAUGGGCAGUCCACUUCGGUAGGGAGUACUACGUAUGGUAGGGAUAGUGACGGUAGCGAGCAACCGACCCCUGUAACGACCGUAUCGGAUGAGGACGAUGAGGAUGACAUCAUACUGUCGAAGAUACUGCAGUGUGGUGGGAAGCAGCGACCGGAAGCAGAGGAUGGUGGUGCGUAUCGGGAGCGGCGGGAACAGGAUAUGGUUACACACACCCACGGUUCCAACAGCAUUAGCAGUAUGGCAAUUAGUUCCUCCACCCAAUCGCAGGCAGAGAAUGUUGCGUUGCUUGCUACCGUCACUACCGCCGCUACCAUUGCGACCAGCAGUGCCAGUUCUAAGUUAUCUCCUUCCUCCUCUACGGUGCCUACGGUGGAACCCUUGAUGAGAACGCCCGAGCGAAGGUUAAAGCUGACGUUGCGCAUGAAACGUAGCCCGGUGAUCGAUGAAAUAAUCGAGUCUGGCAACAGUCUGAGCGAUGCGGACAACGGUGGCAGUCCGAGUGCGUUUCGGCGUGAGUACGAAAUACUCCGCAUGGAAGGUUUGCGGGAACUCGAUGAGGAGGAGGAGGGGGAGGAGGAAACAGACCGUCCGUACCGAUCGACGUGUCGUGCGGCAAAUCUUAGCAGACGAUCCCUUACAUACGAUUCACCCGCUAGCAGUAGUAGUCAUUCAGUAAGCGAUAUUGCCCUUCAUUCUAGAGCGAAACCGGAAGAAGCGUUCCGGCACGACGGCAUCGAUCCAGCGAACGGUGGCGACAAGCGACAGUCGCACCACAAAGAAUGGUCACGCGACCCAGACGAGGGUGAGAAGGUCGAAGCGGAGGAGGAAGAUCUUACGUCGUAUAGCAGCAGCUGUAGCAGCCUGGUGUCACAAAAGCGUAAAAAGCGGCACAAGGCUUCAAAGGAGGCGCGCCGGCUACGUAAGGAGGCGAAACGCCAACGACGUCUGCAGCUGUAUGAAGCCGUUUGUUCAGAACAGAACGGCACUGUGAAGGAAAAGCUCAAGUGUCGAAGCUUUAUGACAACGCAGGAGACUGUUCCGACGGAGGAGAACGAUGAAACGGGAGGAAACGGUGGGAAUAGUUGUGCGGUGGUAGUAGCACCACCACCACCACCACCACCUCCGCCACCUCCACCAGUUCCGCUGUCCAAUGGACCGAUACAGGCCGUAAUGGGGCAGCACAAUGGGUCUCCGGUCACCAACAUCGGCACCACCACAACAACAACCGCCACACCAUCCAAGUGUGGGCUAGCCGGGGAUGCACCAGUAUAUCAGCGGACACACUACCCCUCUAACUACUUCCCCCAUCCCCACCAACAUACACUACAGUCUGUGAUACUGCAGCCGACCGCAUUGCGCGGUGUGCGCACUGAACCGACCGGUGUCGCCGGGAGGGAAGAGUGGGGAGAUGAGAUGCACCGGAUAAAUGUACGAUGGUCGCUUGCGAACCCAUCUGCCGGUGGUGCAAUGUACGGCGAUACGAUAACCAGCGCCGCUACGGCUUCCGGUAGCGAGGGUGAGGGUGUUGGGAAUGGGGGUAGCGGGCUACCAAUGAAGCGAUUGCGACUGAUCUUUGGCAACGAAACGCACACGCGCGACAUUCCGCUGAUGGAAGCACCGAACACUAGCAACACGGCUAACACCACCACCAGCACAGCGAAUGGUGUUAUUAUGGCACCCUCCAACGUGCACUGUUCGUCGUCCAGUGCGGCACCGAUGUCACCGGGUACGACACGGCCAGGUCCGGGCCAGGUAUCCGCCGGUGUGCUGCUCCGACCCGGCACCGAGAGUGUUACGCUACUGCGCAACGGAGAGCACCCCGGCAAGGCCCAUUGUCCCGUGUCGAAUCUAAUCAUCAGCAACACGCCCGGUGUGAUUGUAGGACCGGCUCGGGCGAUGACGAUGCAGCAGCCACACCAUUCCCCGACAGCAGUGGUGGUUAAUAAUGGUAGCAAUGGAGUUAUCAACAGCACUGGUAGUACCGGUGGAACUGGCAGCAAUGGCAUACUGCAACGACCGCAACAUCUUCAACAACCCUUAACAACACCAACCGGUCCGGUUGAUGCCACUGGUGGCGGAGGUACAGCUGGUGUUGGCCGUAGUGGGGGUGGUAGCGUUGGUGGCAGCGGUAAUGGAUUGAUGCUACGCGCCCAGUACGUACAGCAACCACUCGCAACGAUCUCGAGCGAUGUACCGUGCGGGGUAGUCUACCCACCUGCUACGGGCGGCGGAGACGUUCAGCGGAGCAGCAGUACGGUUGGCGGGCUGCAAGCAACAAGAUUCCUACUCCUGUCGUUCCCACCGACGCUUGACGUUCAACCGUGUGCUGGUAAUGGUACAAGCUGGUAG